AUAUCGUGUUAGGCGAAAGUAUAUGCGAUUGCGUAUCUCUCAGGAUGUUCGAUCAUUGGUCCACAACUACUAUCUUAGGCUCUGCGGCUCUGCUCGGGAUGACUUCUGUCACGGUGAAAUCAUUAAAUCUAAUAUAAUGACACCCAACCCGAAGCGCAUUGUUACCAAAUUAGUUCCCGACAUUGCUGAUCGUCGGACAACCUGUGUGUCAUCAUGUUACGAGUUUUAAAUCUACCGUAACAAGCCUGAAUAGCCUGAUUAUCGUGCUCCGACGAGAUAAACGUGAAAAGAAUGGCUCGGCCGAAGCACAGAGCUAACGCGGAUAUAUGCGCCGACUGCGGUGCUCCAGAACCAGGAUGGGCUUCAUUGAACAGAGCAAUUCUACUAUGCGACGAUUGCUGCGGUAUACAUCGCAGCCUCGGUCGACACGUAUCUCAAAUAAAAUCGCUCCACAAGAGUGUUUGGCACAUGAAUCUGCUUAACAUGGUGCGUACAUUGAACGAUAACGGAGCAAACAGUAUUUGGGAGCAUUCCCUCUUAGACCCUAGUAACUCGAAGAUUAGUCGAAGGAAGCCGCAAGCUAAAGAUCCAUUACAUCCAGUAAAGGCUGAUUUUAUUAAAGCGAAACACCAGCGUUUGGCAUUUGUGUUACGUCCAAGCAAGGAGGAAUGUUGUAGCGAAGAAGAAUUAAGUAAACAAUUGCAUAGCAGUGUCCGUACGAGUAAUUUGGAAACUUCUUUAAGGUUGCUGGCACAAGGUGCUAAUCCGAGUUAUUUUUACAAGGAAAAGGGAACGACACCUCUACACGUAGCUGCCAGGGCAGGUCAAGCACUGCAAAUAGAGCUUCUGAUUGCCAACGGUGGAGAUCCUAGCACGAUCGAUUCAAAUGGACAGACGCCUGCCGAAGCUGCAAAAAUGGCUGGUCACGUCGAGCUGUCCGACCGGAUGACUGAGUGCAUGUACGAAGUAACGGACAGGCUGACGUACUACGUAUGUUCACACAAGCCAAAUCAUAAACUGGACGAGCACAUUAUUGUUCCCGAUUGUGCCUCCUUAUUGGAACAGAGCGAUUUGUGUUUGGAAGGAAGAAACAAACUGCGAAUGUUGUCGAAUCACUUGUUGGAAGAAUUGGCAAUGGAUGUUUACGACGAAGUAGACCGUCGAGAAAAUGAGGAAGUUUGGUUUGCAACUGCGACGUCACCGGAGAAAUGUACAGUACCCUUUCUACCAGUUAAUCCCCAAUUGUCGUCGACGAGAAAUCAAGGCAGGCAGAAGCUAGCAAGAUUCACACCGAAGGAGUUUGCUACGCUCAUCAUAGAUAUUCUCAUCGAGGCUCGCAGGAGACAUACGCUCGCGAAUAAUGCGCCACUGCAAGGUGUGUGUUGUAUACACGCUGUCUACUUGUACGCUGUACGACGGAUAUUGAUGUACGAAUCGUUCUCAGACCCAGCUGUCUCUGUGCUUCGUAAAGAAGAGCAAGGGAAACACGGAUCACAGAUGUCGGACGACGAGCCGUUGUACGACAGCGUGGCUUCCGACGACGAUUACGCGUUAACUACGUCGGAGAAUCCAAAGCCCGAACAGCCGACCGAGUUUAAAAUGGACAACGAGGACGCCUUUGCACCGUUAGCGAAGGGCCUCCCGUCGUUCGUAGAAGUUUUGAAAAAGCAAUUAACUCUGUCCGAGUCUACUGUCAGGGACCUUCGCGAGCAAGUGCACACGUUGCAGACUACUGUCGAGCAGCUGACGCGUGAGAACAAUGAAUUGAAGCAGAUGAUUCAUGUCAAGGGAUCCACUGAUGGACUGGUCAACGGCCACGUCGGUGGAGAACAGGAGCCGGAACUGGAGCCAGUGCUCGAUAUAAAAACGUCUCUCACUAGAAGUAAUCAGCGACCUGCUUCUAUGUACGAAACAAGGGAAGGACUGCGGAAACCGAGUUCUUGGUCAACGUCCAUUUGUCAGUCAAAACGAGAUUCAGAGGUAAUGUCUCGCGGCAACACUCAAAGCCUGUGGGAAUGCGGCGUUCCAAGCCUUCCUCCCAGCGAGGAAGUCACACGAAGAACCGAACAAGUUACAAGGAGAAUCCAAGAAUUGUGGAUGGCUAUGCAAGACCCGAAGCAGCGAGAAGCUUUCGUGCCGUGCGCGGAGAGGAUUCGAGUUGCAGUUGCCGAGCUCACAGCUAUAUUUCCUCAGAACCCGAUCGAGGAGAACGUCAGAUCUGCUCUACGUCAACUGAACGGUAACACGGGUAGACUUCAAGCCGAAUGCUCUGGCCUUCAGAGAUGUACCAGCGACAGUGAGCACAUGGACCGAUGCCUUCAGCAAGUACGUUCUUGUGCUUAUGACAUUGCCAAAGCGACGAAGCUUCUCGUUACCCAGUUUCAAACAUAAUGGACCGGAGGCAAAGUAUUACCAAUUAAAUAAUAAUAUAGUAUGUAGCUCUUCUGUAUCGGAUGUAUAUAAGUUGUGCAUACGCUUAACUCCGUAAUACUCGAUGUCAUCACAAAUUUGUUAAGUAUAGAUGUAUAUUUAAUAAGUAUUCGUUUUGUUCUACUACGCGA